GGUCCAUCCGUUUCGCGGGCGUGUUUACUCUGCUCGGAAGAGCGAAGCAGCGGUGGCCAUGGCUGAGCUGUUUCGCCGCUGUCCCACUUCUUCCAAUAUCCAGUGGGCGACGAAUAAAAAUACGUAAGGAAAACGACGGGAUCCAAAAAAGAAACCAUGGGGCGGCGCUGUUCUGCCCUUUUUAAGGCCCACCGCCUUCCUUUUUCGACCCGCUGUAGCCACCCAAUCCAGAGAAGAAGUCGGCAGCGGCGAAGGCGACGACGACGAGGAAGAAGUCCGAAAACUGAUUUUUUUUUGGCCUGAUCCGUCGCACGCCGAUCAUGGUCUUCGUUCAGUACCCUCGAUCCCUGGAAGCGUCGCUUCGAUCCUUGCAGAGGCAACGCCCUGUUCACGAGAUUCUUGGUGGAGGAAUCGUUGCCGAUGUGAUCCUUUGGAGGAGAAAGGAUGUCGCGCUAGGGAUUCUGCUUGGAGCACUGUCUUCUUGGUUGCUCUUUGACGUAUCUGGGUACACUGUGGUAUCGCUUGUGUCGAACGUUCUGCUACUCUUGUUCUCCAUAUUAUUUGUGUGGACGAAGGCUGCAAGAAUUGUCAACAGACCUCCUCCAUCCAUUCCGGAAAUACACCUCACAGGAGAAAUGGCCCAUGAAGCUGCAGCUUUUGUUGGUUUAUAUGUGAAUGUGAUCCUAUCAACUUUUAACGACAUUGUAAAGAAAAGAGAUACCAAAGUCUUCUUUAGAGUAGCUUUGUAUUUAUGGUUGAUUUCUCUGAUCAGUGGUUUUGUUGAUCUUCGUACAUUGGCUUACUCAAGCCUUGUACUCAUUCUCACAGUCCCUGCAUUGUAUGAGAAGUAUGAAGACGGUGUUGACAGAUAUUUUAAGCUCCUUCAUAUGGAAGUCCAGAUGUAUGAGAGAGUAUACACUCAGUGUUUCAGCAAGUACUUCAGAGCUAACAAGUGGGUUCUCGAUACGAAGAAGUUGCUUGUCGAUGCAUGAGUUGUGGUAUAAUUUCAUGCAUAUGGAAGUUAAAGAUAUAUGAUAGCAUACACUGUGUCCUCCAGUGCUUCAUCAAAACUAACACUCGCUUCUAGCCGCGAAGAAAUUACUAGCCGACGAGUGUUUUCGGUAUGAUUUCAUCAAUUUCACCCCUUGAUUUUGCCAUAAUUCAAGAUUGUGAGCGAAGUUUGUAGCAUACAUCAGAGUUUUGUGCAGUUUGUUUUGUGUUUUUGGUUGGUGUGUGUGUAUUCUUUAGCUUAUUUCUAACUAUUGUUAUUAAGUUUUUGAAGGUCAUCCAUAACCUUGCGGAAGCUUGGAAGAUA